AUGGCGGACGGGCACGUCGGCGGCGGCGGUGACGACGGGAAGGACGGGAAUGGGAAAGGAGAAGGCGAUGCGCGCGAGUCGGCGGCGGGCCUUAGGGAAGGGCAGUUCCUGCUGGGGUUGCCGACCUUCAGGGAGACGGAGAACGGGCGGUUUAGGUGCGUGGAGACGGGACACGAGCUGUCUUCUAGGGACAUGAUCGAGAGCUACGGCCGGGGCAAGGGUUGCAGAGUUGGCCUAAUCGACGCUGCCCUGACGCAGCACAAACCCCCUCUCAACAUGUUCAAGCCCGAUCCUCUGUCAAAGUAAAGCUUCUCCUCUCUCUCUCUCUCUCGCUUCCCCCCUCUUUUCCCUUUAUCAACAGGCUCAUGUAAUUGGUACUUGUCGUUCACCUUUUUCUUUGCACUAAUGGUAGAAUUUUUGUGCUUACCCCUACUCUAGAGUUGAUCAUUUCAUGGAUUUAUCUGAGUUUACCGUGGGAUAAUCUCAUUCAACUGUCAUCUAGAAUGAUGCCUCGAACCAUCCUAUGCCCACCGAGUGAGUCCCAGCCUAGUAAUGGAGCCUACGAUUUUCAAGUAGCUUGCAAUGAUCUUCCUGAAGUCGAUCACGAGACAUCUUUGCUUCCUCAAAUCUUAAAUUAUUCAGUCUUCUAUAUUUUACUUACGUGAUUGCUCUUGUUUAUGUCUAUAGGUCGAAGAUAAUAUGCAAGUUGACUGGAGACACAAUCAAUAAAUCUGAAGAGCAUAUCUGGAAGCACAUUAAUGGAAAGAGGUUUCAGAAAAAAUUAGGUAAGUGGAUCAAGUUGCUUUCUUAGUUUAAACAUUUUAUUUCUGGGCUCUGAUCACUGCACCAUAUGAAACCAUCCUCACCUUAUCUUUUCUAACUAGAUCAAAAGGAAGCAGAGAUGAACGCAAAUGUAUUGACUUCGAAUGGAGUAACAAAAAAUAAUUCCAAGAAAGGUGAAUCAUCUAAAAAGCUGUGGGCCCUUGAUUCUUUGACAGUUCCAGUCAUUUUAAUUUCAUGUUGGUGCAUAUUUCUCAAUAUAGAAAAGAAAAAGGCGGGUAAGGCUGCUGCAAAUGGAGAUGUGGAAAGGAAUCCUAAGAAAUCAGAUGGGUUAUCAAGUACGGGACAGAAGAUGAUCAAGAAAAAGCAAAGGCAGGAUACAACUGGAACUCACUCUUUGACAAAUGACGAAAUUGCUGAGAACAGUGGUUCAGAAGAACCUGACUUCUGGGUCCCGCCAGUAGGAAGUCGUUGGGAUUUCGAUGAUGGAAAGGACCGUUGGGAAGUCUCAGCCUCUGAAACAGAUGACAUUUCUCUAGGUAACAUAUAAGAUGCAUAUGAAGCACGAGAUUGUAAUUUUUUUCUAUUUCUGUUCUGCAAUGCUUUAUUAUAUAGAUUUUUGUAGUCCCUUAUAUUACGACUACUUGUCAUUCUCUACUGCCCUGGAACAUAAUAAUCCAUGUUACAGCACAAUAUCGAAUUAUGUCUAUUUGGUUUUACGAAUGAAUGUUUGUUCGUUUUUAUUAUGUAUACUUCCUCAAAUAUAACUCUGUUUCAUUUAAAUAGUUCUGGUAGCCGCCUAAUUGUUGGUUCGAACUAUUUAUCCUUCUUACUAGUGUGGGGUCGUUUAUCUUUGAUAUAAUCUCUCAAAAUGAUAAUUAGCCCCAUCCCCCAUUUCUCACUGUUACCAAAUAGGAUCGGGACUGAAUCAUUCCUAUUCCUCCUUCCCAAACAUGGUCUUGGGCCUCUUCCAUGUCUUCUUUCUGUCCUUGGACCCCCUUCCAUGAAAAUAUUUCUUUUUUUUUUUCCAAUCUCACCAGGUCAGGACACUGGGUAGAGACGAAGUCAUAGAAAAAUCAUGGGAUGCUGCUCGUUUUUUCCUUCUCUUUUCCAUCAUCUUCCAUCCCUACAUUCUCCUUCACAGUUGUGAACAGCCAAAAUUGCAUGCUUAUGUACUACUUUCUUGUCUGCGCUAAUAUUUUCUCUGUUUUCUUCUUGGGUCUCUGAGGAUUCGAGAAUUGUGGAAACAAGAUCAUGUUUUUUUAAUUUUUAUCUCCGUCGGAAUGUGCCCUAAAUCAUAUGCAUUUUCCCUCUGUUUUAGCAUAUUGAGUUAAAGGAAGGAAGUAAAGAGGAAGGCCGGUGGCCUCCACCAUGGAUUAUAUUCUCCUUUUUCAGGAGAUCACACGCUCAUUUUAUAAUGUGGCUUUUCUUGCAAACGUCUUGAUAGCAACAUGUUAAUUGCGCUAUUUGAUUAGGGGGUAUCCAAAUGGAAGGCCUACGUGAGACAUGGAAAAAUGACACCUGACCCCAAAGGAGCUGAGCUUAAUCAUGCUCUGUAAUACUUACGAGACAAUGCUAGUGGAACUUUUCUUGUUCUUGACCUUUGGAUCUCAAGAUCACCGUUUUUAUUAGAAAGUCUCCUGUGCCCACAUCAGUCGGCCAUUAGUGAGUUCAGGCAGUUGCACUUUACACAAAGCCUGGGUUUCCAAUAUUUCUCUAUGCAUGCUUUAUAAAAUUUGCUGGAUGAGACUAUAGACGUAGGUAUUUUGUUGGAACACUAUUGGGCUUUAUCUGCCUUCGAGACCCAUCAUAUGCCUAGCUUCAUUGAUAUCACCUGGUGGAUCACAUAUAUAUGGAGAGGUACCCAAAUAGUCCUGAUCCUAUUAUGGUCCGUCAAAAUAGAGCGCCACUCUGCAGAUAAUUGGUGGGAGCCUCCAUCUUAUGAUUAUUGUGUAAUAAAAUCAGUUUUUUACUUAUUCUAGUCAUGUUUUCGAACAUGGUAGUGGAAGUUGGCGCAUAAUAGAAUUUGUUGAAUGUGCUUCAUCCUCUGAGAAAGGGAUGGAAAUCAAUCAGUGUUCUAAGAAAACCCUGACUAGGAGCUGCUAUGUAAUUGUUUAUCUGCUCAUAUUUUAUUUAAAUUAUUUUUAUUGGGAUGAAAGUGAGGAGCCUGUUAGUGGGAGCGAUGCCCUCUGAUUAUGUAAGAGAAGCAAUCAUGAAGAGGAAAGAUAGAAGAAGAGAGAGGAAUGGGGUGCGCGAGGCCUGAUAGAGUUUGGAUCAGAUGUACCGACCAAGGGAAGUCUACCCAGCCUUGGAUCAGCAGCCCAUAUUUUAAGAAGGCAAAACUGAAGGUCAUACGUUUGACUAAAAGGCAAAAAAAACUGGAAAAUUAGGAAACAUGAUAUAAUAUAAGCUACUUGUUGAAAAAAGAUUGGUCUGUAAAAUACCUGAAGGUAGGAAAAAAUAUGUAAUUAAUUAAGUAUUUGACCAAUGUCUUGUUCACCCUAAAUAGAUUGACUUAUCUACCUCUACUCACAACUCUCAAGACCAAUCUUUUCUAAAGCUGCUUUGCUUGUUCGGAUUUAAGGAACGAAAAGAGAUGUCCAAAAGCAAAUCCGAGGGGCAUUGUCAGGCAUUGACGCUGGUUAGAGUCAUCACAAUGUUCCUCAACAAUGUUAUGUGAUCUUGCUGUCCAUCUAUGUUAUUAACCCAAGUUCUUGCCCCGCAUGAAAGUUUGUGUAUUUCCUGGGUAUUCUACAAAUCUGUUUGCAAUAGUGAAGGGGCACAUAUUUCACACUUUCUUGUUCCAUCCUUCUUUGUCUGUCAGAUGAAGCAGAUCCGGAAGAUGAGACAAUCGCUGUGGAUCUUUCUGCAAGGUAUGCUAUAUCGUCAUUAAUUUUCAAUGCUCUUGAUGAUCCAUUUUCUCGAGUAUUUCGUCCAAUGGGGUUCUGGGCUCGUUAAUUGGCAGGACAAAACGCAUGUCUGUUGCCGUGGGCCCCAGCAGCUUUGCAACAAGGAAGAAGAAGAACAAGACGAAGGAUUGA